AUGCUAGGUCCGAAGCUCAAGUCGUCGUUUUCCCGAAUCUCGAGUCUCGACAAUCUCAUCACGUAUCGUGAAGAGAAGGCGGAACGGAAACGAGCCUCUUCAACUCUGCAGUCUGCAAGCUCGGAAACAGACGAGCAAGAGCAACACCACCGACCUCCCACUGGCACCUCAGAGCUCAAGACCACCCGCAGUCCAGAUGGAUCCGAAGAAGAAGAAAAGCAGAUGCACAGCCGUCCGACGACAUCAGGAUACACCACCUCGCAACCCGCCACGCCGCCGCGUUCGCUCCACGACGAAGACGGCAAGGAGCAGCAACCCAAGAGCAGAUUUCGACACUUCGCGGCAGAGGUGGGCUUCUGUUUCACAAUUGCCAUGACGCAGUUCCUGGUCGAAUACAUGAUUUCCGGCUUUGCGAUCGAACUUCCCAAAAUCUUCCAACGCCAUGCAUCCGACGGAGUCGGUAGUAUGGGAAUGUUCUGGCCUGCUUCCUUGCUUUCCCUGAUCCUCAGUGCGACGCUGCUGAUCUUUGCGAGGGCUUCGGAUAUGUAUGGCGGUUACUUCCUGUUCAUGUUCGGAGGCAUUUGGCUCGGGAUAUGGUCCGUCGUGGCAGGUUUUGCAGGCCCAGGUGUGCUGCUGGAUGUUUCGAGGGCGAUGCAAGGAUUGGCGAUUGCGGCAUCGACGCCUUCUACAUUCGCAAUGGUGGGAAGUAUCUAUCCCGAAGGCCCGAGGAAGAAUAUCGUGCUGGGACUCUAUGCUGGUUGCGCGCCGCUGGGCUUCUUUGCUGGAUUCCUGGUCGCUGGAGCUUUGCCUGAGAACUCACCCGGUUGGUACUUCUGGAUCGCGGCUGUACUUUCGUUCGUCACUGCUAUCACGGCUUACCUGACUGUUCCCUAUGACAAGACGGACAGAAAAAAGCUCGACUUGCAAAUGGAUUGGGCUGGGGCGUUCCUCAUCACGGCUGGCUUGAUCCUGGUGUCGUACGCUUUGGCGGUAGAACCCUACGCCAACCAAGGAGACACCAGUAGAUCUGGCUGGACGUUCCCGAUGGUGCUUGCGCCACUCCUUACUGGUCUUGCAUGUCUAGGCGUCGCGUUCUGGGUGGAAGGCUGGUGGGCCAAAUGCCCUCUACUACCAUUCGACUUCUUCAAACCUAGAAGUACCAUCUCCUUUUCGCUUGCUUGUCUGUGCUUCUACGCAUCGUACGGCGUCUGGCUUUACGAGUCGGCAAACUUCUUCCAGAGCGAGAACGCGACAGGAGUUGAAGGCGGUGUUCGGGGAUUGACACUGGCAGCCUGGUACACCCCUACGGCAAUCGGUGGCCUCCUUCUCUGCGUCGUGGGCGGCGCGCUACUGCAUAUCGUUCCGACCAUGAUACUGCUUUUGAUCUCCGGUCUAGCCUGGAUCGCGGCGCCGCUCCUACUGGCUCUCUGCCCUUUGCCAGUGAGCUACUGGGCGUUCGUCAUGCCCUCAAUGGUUUGCGCUACUCUGGGAAUCGACCUGACAUUCACGAUUUCCAUCGUGUUUCUGUCUUCGGUGCAGCCGCUUCGGUAUCAAGGUCUUGCUGGCGCCGUGUCCUCAAUCCUGGUCAAUCUUGCAAUGUCGUUUUCGCUCUCGAUCUCUGAGAUUGUGUCGAAGUCGGCAGCGAGCGAUAUCGUAGUGCCGAAUAUUCCAGGCCCAGAUGCCGACGCUGCUUUGGCCAGACAGGAGACCUGGGGUUACCAAACAGCGUUCAUCUACGCUGCGGCAUCCGCUGGCCUUGGUCUCAUAAUCUGUGUCCUUUUCGUGCGGAUUUCACGAUCGGUGGUCCAGUCCAAACCGGUCGAGUCCAAACCGGUCGAUGAGGAGCGACCGCGGCCGUCCUCGGAGGCGUCGACGUCAGGGGAGGUAUGA